AAUUGGGUUCGUGUUUUAACAAGCUAAUUACAUGUUUGGAGUGAUACCUCAACUGAGGAAAUUAUUAAAAAAAAAAAAAACUUAUUACCAUUGUAAUCAUUCAGAUGUGUGGCAGAAAGUUCAAAUCAACAAAUUAAAUCCAUGCCCUAUUUGUUGCUGGAGUUCACGCAUCAUCGCUGUAUUAAGAAGGACGCUAUAUGUAUGCACAGUGGAACUGCAAACUACAAAUCAUUAUUGGUAACUUAGCCGACUCCUUUAUCCAAGGCGACUUCCAUCAUUUGGGAUACAAGUAGCUGCAUUUCUUUUUUAACUCUCCGAUUGGAACAUACCGGCAAGUGAAGUGACUUGCUCGAGGUCACACAGCGUCAGAAUUCGGAUUGGAACCCACAGCCUCAGGGCUUGAAGUUCAAAGCCGUAACCCCUGUGUCACAAAAUGACGGUGUUAAUUUUAUAUUAAACGCCUUUAAGGGGAAGACACUUCAGCGUGGAAGGUAGUUAUUUAUCCUUAAUCAACUCGUCUUUUUUAGUGUGACUGAUCUUUAAAAAAUCAUUAGGUUAAACAGAGGACAACAUGUACCGUAUAAUCAAUACCCAGCUAAGGCUGCUCCAUAUUUUGUGCCGACACACAAGGAAGGGCUUUUUUUUAACCGUUUAAGCAUUGCAAAAUAUGCAGUAUGAUAUUUCUCUAUAUAUACAAAAAUAGAAAUAUAUACCGUACAGUAGUAGGAAGAUGAAGGAUCGCAAUAACUAUAUGCUUAACGUCACAGUUUUAUGGGAGGUUAGUGAAGUGAGUGUGGAGCCCAGGGACUUACUUUUUUUUCCAAGAGAGUCAGGUAGAGUGAAACGCUUGCAUUAAUUUUCUGAAGCUCACUCUAAAAUGAACGUAUCUAGUCAAGAAAUGAAGGUGGAUCCCCCCAGUCACGAAAAGACUGUUCUUCAAGGAAUUAAGCUGGAGAAAGAAUAAGCAUCUAGGAGCCUGUGCUUACCAAUCAAUUGGUACAGUGAAACACAGCAAGACUGCAAUAGCGUUGAGACCAGGCGUCUCUCUUUAUUUCUGACUACUGGGACCUCUCUACCAUGUCAUACCCACAAUUCGGAUACCCAUACUCAUCCGCACCCCAGUGAUGCAGCACGUAAUUCAGAAAGACUGCAGACAAGAGAACACAGUCGCCUUAUCCCGGUCUCUUAUCCCUGCAUGCUGUCGCUGUCCCCUCCAGUUCCUGAUGACCACCAACUCCUUGACAACCUGCUGCGAAUCCAGUGGCCGAAGCCUGUCCGAGUCCGGCUCCGCAGCCAGUGCUCAGACGCCGGUGUACUGCCCCGUUUACGAGAGCAGGCUGCUGGCCACGGCCAGACACGAGCUCAACUCGGCGGCGGCUCUUGGUGUCUAUGGAAGCCCUUACACCAGCAGCCAAGGCUACGGGAACUAUGUGGCUUAUGGCGCUGACGCCUCGGCUUUCUACUCCUUGGGGGCAUUUGACACGAAAGAUGGGACAGGAUCUGCGCAUGCGGGGAUCACCCAAGCAGCUGCCUACUAUCCUUAUGAUGCUACUUUGGGACAGUAUCAGUAUGACAGGUAUGGAACCAUGGAUGGUGGGACAAGGAGGAAAAAUGCCACUCGAGAAACAACGAGCACUCUCAAAGCCUGGCUCCAGGAACACAGGAAGAAUCCAUACCCCACCAAAGGAGAGAAAAUCAUGCUCGCCAUCAUUACCAAGAUGACCCUCACCCAAGUAUCUACCUGGUUUGCCAAUGCAAGGCGGAGACUAAAAAAAGAAAACAAGAUGACUUGGCCACCACGAAACAAAUGUUCCGAGGGAAAGAAGUACGAUGAUGCAGAAGAAGAGGACGAGUCGCAAGAAGGCCAUAUAAAGAAUGAGAAGGAGGAUGACGAUGUCAGAAGCAGGGAAGAAAAAGAGCUGCAGCUAAGCGACCUGGAUGAGUUUGAAGCCAUCGAGUCCGAGAGUCCCGAAUGUGACCUCAAGCGUCAGUUCCACAUGGACAGCAGUCACUUGCGGACAAGCGACCGCUGCAAAGACGCUGUCUUGAAGAUGCCCAUUACGGCCUCCUUGGAAGGGGACGAGGACAUCGGCAAAAACUGUCUUAAAUCGGCGUCUGAAGAUUGCGAGCACAAUCUAAUAUCUGCUAGGCAGACAAAAAUGUGUUUCGAACAGAGCCAGCAUAUGCUGGAGAGCAAACCGAGGAUCUGGUCUUUGGCGCAGACCGCCACUUCUUUGAACCAAACAGAAUACCCGUCAUGCAUGUUGAAAUGCCAACAGGUGAUCCCGACCACGCCCACCGUGUCAUCUCCCGUCAGUGUAAUGGACAGACAGCAGGAUUCACCGGUGACCACUCUGAGAAACUGGGUGGACGGCGUUUUCCACGACCCCUUGUUUAGGCACAGCACUUUGAACCAAGCAUUGACCAAUACCACAGUUUCGUGGGCCACAACCAAAGGCGCGGCGCUGGAGGCGGGGGUCCUGGGACGGUCCCUUGCCAAUACGACAAAUGUCAUUAAAGGACACGUGCCUAGCUUGCAACAUCAAGAGGCCAGUAAAGACACUCUGCUUUUCCCUAAAACGAGCAGCAAAAUGUUUUGCUCCUAACGAACAUAAGACUUGGUUGGCAGCAGCAAAACGCUACUCUGGGAUGUACUCUUGAGAAACGUGGAAACGCUCGAUUUCAGUCUGAUACUUGUGCUUCGUGAAUGCUGGAAUCGCAUUUAUAUUUGAUCAGCCAAGGGACUUCUGUUUUUGUUUUGUUUUUUUCUUUCUUCAAUUGGUUGUAUGGACAGCAGUUCACUAUAGUGGAAAACUCCCCGAUUGGGACUGGUGUUUAUGUUUCAUUUUAAAGGAAGCACGUUAAAAUGUAGAGGUAUACAUGAAAGUUUACAUUUGAAAACGUUUACAAAAAAAAAAAAGAGACAAAAACACCGUAUUAGUGAACUUUGUUUCCUUUAAAGGCAUGCUGAAAAACUAAAAAAGACUUCUGAUUUUCCUAUUUUAAUAAUCGCAAUUGUCAGCCAGAGUCACGAACAUCACUGCUUAACAUUUCACAUAACUGCACACUUUUUCCUUGCGAUCGGGAGGAUUUGUUAAACGUAUGUUCACUUUAAUAAAUGAUCUGUUUCGGAUGUA